AUUAAAGUAAGGUCUAGUUCACGUUGUCGACACAGACCACCAUGGAUGUAUUAAGAAAACGACACGACCCCCUGUUCAUUCAUUCGAGUUUUGUCCCUCUUCGCUUUCCCUAGUCACUCGCCGAAAAAGUUUUUGCGUGAAGACCAUGGAAGACCAACCCUCUGAAUGAAAAUGAUCUUCUCUCAUAAGAGAAGACACAUAGAUACUGUGUGUGGUGGAAUUUUCAGCUUACGGACUUAUGCUAUGUAUGUUGAGACAGCGGUACCCCAGCAGGUCUCAUUUAGCCAAUCAUCCUAUGCCCUGACACAGAAUUUCAGAGACAUAAUGACUGCAUCUCUAGAUGACACAAGUCUGUGCUAGGGGAUUGGACAUGAACAUGUUGUCCCUACAGACCAGCAGUGACACUUUGGAGAGGAAUGUGCCUUUAAUACGCCUGGACGAUGAUGCUGACCUCAGGGAAAUCUAUGAAUUUGGAAGGAAAUUGGGUCAAGGUAGCUUUGGAGUUGUUUAUGAAGCCACUCACAUUGAGACACAGACAAAAUGGGCUAUUAAGGAGGUUUGCAGACCAGCGGCAGGAAGUUCGAAAGCCGAGAUGCUAGAGCUCGAAAUAAACAUUCUCAAACAAGUGAAUCAUGCUCACAUAAUACAUCUCCAGGAAGUCUACCACACGACUAAGAUGACUUAUUUGGUUACUGAGCUGUGCGUUGGAGGUGAACUGAAGCACUUGUUGCAGCGGAAAAAGUUCCUCACAGAGGAUGAGACAAGGCAUAUCAUCUGUAGCUUAGCCGAUGCCGUUGUUUACCUGCACAAAAGAGACUAGGCCCGGGGACUUGAAAUUUGAAAAUUCUUGUGCAGAAUGAUCUUGGGGGAUGAUAGGGCGGGUUUAAAUAUCAAGGUGACAGACUUUGGAUUAUCGGUGAAGACAGGUGGUGUAGGGAUUGAGAACAUGAUGACGGAGGCCUGUGGGACUCUUAUCUAUAUGGCACCUGAAAUGAUGAGUGGUCGUGGUUACAGCCAGUGGUGUGAUGUGUGGAGCAUAGGAGUCGUUAUGUAUAUGUUGCUGUGUGGGGAGCCUCCGUUUGUGUCCAAAACAAAGGCGAACCUACUUAAGGAGAUUAUGAACAAAGAAGUAAAAUUUACUCAACCCAUCUGGGCCACAGUCAGUGAUGCAGCAAAAAAUCUAUUGACUUGCCUGCUGAAGGCGGACCCUGCCUACCGUAUGUCUGCUAAUCAGCUACUAGAAAACCCCUGGAUUACAGGUGACACUAAUGUGCCUGCUAUGCCGUCCAAUGUGCUGGAGAUGAUGCGCAACCACCUGGAACAGAAAGAGAGAACACAGACUCUGGAGGACUUGUCCCUCACCUCUUCUGAGGGCACACUGGACCCAACCCCGCUCCCCAGGGUCGCUUCAACAGAAUCCGUUAGCAACUGCAGGAGGGACACUGAAAGAGACAGCAGUUUUUGCCCACCCUCCACAUCCACUAACACGUCUGAUGCCAGUGGGAAACCCUCCAUACAGCCAAGUGCAAAGCAGCGCAGGCUUCGGGACAAGAAGGACGUCAGUACAGGACAGAAACCAGCCUCUGAGCUAAGUAAGGCAGACGACCAGACCCCUUCUACCUCCAGCAAAAGUAGGACUGGCUCCCGCAAACUCUAAGACCAAUACCUGUUUAGAAUGAAAAGACUAAACUAAAGGGAGCCAUGUCACUUAUAUAGAGUGAAAGAGAACCAUAUUAAGAGAACAUACAUAGUUGGGCAAAAGAAAUUGAGCACAAAAGAGAAAAAACAUUACUUGGACCUUAUUUUGUUUAUACACUUUAUUUAUUGUAAUUAUUUUUAUUUCAUGAAAUUCUGUGUUUUAGCAGUUAUGUGAAUGAAACAGCUGUGGAUGGUGCAACCCUCUAUGGUGAUUACCAGAACCUAAGCAGUGACAGCAGUGUCAAAUAAAUGGGCUUCAUAUGCAAGUGUAAAAAUAUUAUAUUAAGUCUGAGAAAACUGCAGCUAAGGGUCCAGCCUCAGCAGUGCCUCGUGCCAAAGGAAAGAGUCCUCUGGACAAAUGCCAACUGUUUGAGAACGUCAUGCAGCCCCAAUACAGACACACACGUUUAUAGUGGCCACAAACAGGGAUUUAAUGAGUUUUGUCAGAUAUUACUGGUGGCAUCUGAUUGAAGGCUUUUAUUAUACAACAGGUACCUAGAUGAGUAAAGAGAGCUACCCAGGAGAUUUGAACACAGCUAAUUCCUUAAUGAAACUGUUAUUUAGUAAUUGACUUACUACCUAACAGCAUACCUUGUCAUUCUUAGUCAUCUUUCUAUUUAAAUACACUGUAAAUGUAUGGCUAUAAUAAUGAUUAAAUCUCUUAUGUAAAAAGUGAAUAUUAAUUUAUUACUUUGGGAAAAAAAUAAUUAUUAGCUAAAGGUCAAAGGGUGUAAUAAUCUGGUAUUAUAUUUUCAACAUUAUUAGUAGCUAGGGGCUAUUUCAAAUACAUAAGGUAUAUGUCUAUUAUUAUUACUAUUAUAUAUAUAUACAUAUUUAAAUAAGACUUUAAAUGUGCCAAAUAUCACAAAACACAGAACUGUUUCACAAACUUUUUGACUAUUUUAUUUUCAAUAACAUGAACAUGUUUUUUUUAUUGUUUUAUAAUUACAUGCUAAAUUGCUGAGACUACUCAUAUCAAGAGUACAGGAAAUUAGUUGGAUAUCAUUUCCCAAUGCCAAAGCAUUAUCAUUCUUUUUUCUGCUCUGACCUCUCAAUUCCAAAACGCCCUGUAUGCAGUGACUGCACCCACUCAGUGUCAAAACAGAAAAACCGUCACACAGACUGGUUACGCUCCGUCUGAAUGCAGAGGAUUGGGACUGAGGGCAGCCACGGGUCUAAUCUCGUUUGGAGGCCAUUGAAAGCAGUAGGAGCUACUUUGAGGGCACUGCCAUUCAAGCACAGGUUUUUCCGCUGUAGAGAGAAUAAUCCCCAGCAUAGAUACAACAUUAAAGUAGCCAAGCAUAACACACAGAGGCUGAAUUUCAAAUCCACCCAUUUGCAUCUUGAAGUGAAUGAGUUCCAACAAUGUGGCUCUAUGUUCAUGCACAGGCUCUGUGCAUUAGUGUGUCAGUAAAUGUAGUGUGCAUUUGUGGAAACAGUUUUCAAAAGGUUGUUCUACAUUGCAGGGAAUAGGUAAUUGUCUUAAAAGUGUGGAAACAGUAUGCUAACCUGUAUCAAACUAAGUCCAGACAUACUGGUCACAGGUGAUGUUUCUUAAGAUAGUGAGUAGAUAUGCAACACUGUUCACUCAAAAUGAUGAAAAUGAGAAGGAAUAGCAUGUGAAUAGUCUUUGAUUCAAGCUGCUUGCCAAAAGACUGCAACAUUACUGCAACAUAAUUGACAUAUGGUCUGCCUUUGGUUUACUCUGACUGGUAUAAACAGCAGAUGGAGCUGUAGUAAAUUGCUGAAUUCCUUUCCUUGAGUUAAUCUGACAGGAGAGGGCUAUCCCUAAAGCUUACUAUCUGGUUUUGUGCAUGAAGAUGUGUAAUUUAAAUUGAUUGCUUGAGUCACUGCCCAUUAGAACUGUGAUGUCCAUGUAACGUGUCGCUAAUUAAUAUGUUGUAUGGUCAUGUCUUCAUGGUCCAUUCAAACAAAAUAAAUGGUUAAGACAUG